UUUUUGUUCAAUCAAUGAAGCUAACUUGCGAAAGAGGUGAUCCUGAGCGUUUACAGAAAGUAUAAGUAGACGUUCCGUGUUCCACUCAAUCUCAACAAUCAAUUCAAGAUAAGAACAACAACAAACCCUAAUUUCAACUCCAUCAUCACACCACUUCAAUCAUCGAUCCUCUUUCUCAGAGGCCAAUCGUCGAUCUUCCGAUUUCAUCAUGGCCGCCAAAUCCUCUUUCAAGCUUCAACAUCCUCUGGAAAGAAGGCAAGCUGAAUCUGGUCGCAUCAGGGAGAAGUAUCCUGAUAGAAUACCUGUGAUUGUGGAGAAAGCUGACAGAACUGAUAUUCCAGACAUUGAUAAGAAGAAGUACCUUGUCCCAGCUGACUUGACUGUUGGUCAGUUUGUUUAUGUUGUCCGCAAAAGAAUUAAGCUAAGUGCAGAGAAGGCUAUUUUUGUUUUCAUCAAAAACACUCUACCUCCAACUGCUUCAUUGAUGUCUGCUGUUUAUGAGGAAAAUAAGGAUGAAGAUGGCUUUCUUUACAUGACUUACAGUGGAGAGAACACCUUUGGAUCCCACUAGGCAAAUUCAUGACAGCCUCUGUACAUAGCUUUCCUAAUAUGUAAAUCCUCUGCUGUCAACACAUGGCCUAUUAAGAAUUUUCAUCCUGCAUUUCUAUUAUGGUCUCAUUAUCUUCGAGUUAUGAAUUUCAAUUGAAUUUGGAUUUGGUUACCACGUAUUUAAAUUUUCGGUUUUCCUAUGUAACCAAAAAUAUUAUGGGUUGUUUGAUUACAGUUAAAUUAUCUACUUUAUGCUAA